AUGCCGUCGCUGAAGCAGCCAUCCAUAGUUUCCGAGCACGCAAUUACCAUGGUUCUUUCUGUCGACAAUCUCAACAACGAUAUCCAUUUUAGAAAAGGUGAAGACACCAUCAGAAACGGAGUGUACUCUAUCUCUGAUGCUAACUACAAGCGUCUGAAGUAUCCUGCCUGGACCCCAACCUGGGACCCAAAGCACCAGAUGGCCUUUUCCAAUCCUAAGCCAUUCAAGCACACCGACAGAGGAUACUUUGGCGAUCCAACCUUUGACUCUCUGCUCUCUGGAUCUGAGGUCAAGACCAGAAAGAUCAGCCCUAAGUUGGGUACCGAAGUGAGUGGUGUUCAACUGAGCUCUCUUACAUCAAGACAAAAAGACGAUCUUGCAUUGUUGGUUGAGCAAAGAGGACUGGUUGUCUUUAGAGGUCAGGACUUCAAGGACCAGUCCUUCGAGGACAUUAAGGAAUGGGGAAGAUACUUCGGCCCAUUGCAUGUCCACCCAACCUCUGGUGCCCCUCUUGGCCACCCGGAGUUCCACAUCACCUUUAGAAGAGGUAGCAAGGACGAGGCAAAACAUACCUUUGCCAACAAGCUGAACAACAUCACUUGGCACUCCGACGUUACCUACGAAAACCAAACCCCAGGAAUCACCUUGUUCGGUAUGUUGCAAACCGACGUUGGUGGUGACACCCAGUUCCUUGAUACCAUCGAGGCCUACGAGAGACUUUCGCCAACCAUGCAAAAGCUGCUUGAUGGAUUGCAGGUUCUGCACACCUCUAGAGACCAGGCCAACAACGCCAGAAACCAAGGAGGUAUCGAGAGAAAGACCGCUGUUGAGUCGAUCCACCCUCUUGUCAGAUAUCACCCUGUUCUGAAGAAGAAGGCUCUGUUUGUGAACAGAAACUUCAGCAGAAGAAUUUUGGGUAUGAAGGAGGAGGAGAGCGAUGUUUUGCUCUCUUUCCUUGUCAAGCACAUCGAGACCUGUUUGGACGCCCACGUCCGUGCCCAAUGGGACGAGAACACCAUUGUUGUCUGGGACAACCGUCGGUUGCUGCACACUGCCACCCUUGACUGGGAUGACGACAACCUCAGACACGCCUUCCGUGUUACCACUCUUGCUGAGAGACCUGUCGGAAGCGAGGAAGAGUUUAACGAAUGGACCGAGGAAAUCGAGGAGCAAAAAUUGAAGAACGCUGAAGAGGACCUUAGUCUGCGUCCUUACGAAUACUACGAAAAGUACUACGAGACAAAAUGA